CUGAUCUGUCCAUGCUGGAUAUUGAUGAUUUCAUCACAGAAAUCUGUCAGCUGAAGAAAGAGGUGGCGUUACUGGAGGAAAAGCUGAGGACAAGAGGAGAUGAACUCAACACUGAGAUUGUGGUAAAGGUCGAGUCAAACCCCACAGACGCUCAGGACACUGUGUGUGACAGUAAUCACACCUUGAAUCAGGAUGAAUCUACUGAUCAAACCUCCACAGAGUCUCUGGAUUCUGUCUGUAACGCUGGAGAACAGCAGAUCCUGAACACCAGACCACUCAACAUGUGUUCUGUCAGACUGGUGGACUGCAGGAAACUCAUGGAGAUGGAAACACAAACCACAGUGAAGGAAGAACAGACUGAUGAAGAUGAGAAUCAUGAUGAUUUUGUUCCUUCAGGUAAACUGUUGAACAGCAAUAACAUGGAGAUAAAAACAGAACCCAAAUCAGAGGAAGAUCAGACUGAUGAAGAUGAUGACUUUAUACCCUCAGAUGAGAGCGGUGAUUCAUGUUGUGAUGGAGAAACGGCCUCUNACAUCAAAACAGCGACUGACAGCACAAACUCUUUCCUGCAUCACCUGUGGAAAGACAUUCAGUUCACAGAGACGUUUAGAGACACAUGAGAGAAAACACACAGAACAGAAACUCUUCACCUGCACCAGAUGUGACAUCAGCUUUCCUACCUUACAAGAGAAGAAACUUCAUUCACAAGAGCACAGAAACCAGAAACACUUUCACUGUCAGCAGUGUGGGAAGAACUUUUUCUGCUCUUCUCAUCUGAAGAUUCACAUGAGGACACACACUGGAGAAAAACCUUUCCACUGCAGUCAAUGUGGCAAAUAUUUCAGCACCAAAGGAAAUCUUGUUAUUCAUCAGAGAAUUCACACGGGAGAAAAACCGUACGCGUGUCCUCACUGUGACAAGAGAUUCAGCCAUUCUUCUGACGCUAAGAUACAUGUGCGUGUCCACACCAAUGAGAGACCGUAUCAGUGCAGUGAAUGUGGAAAAGCCUAUAGGAGGGCAUAUAAUCUAAAGUUACACCAAAAAAAACACACUCUGAGGAGAAACUCUAUCAGUGUUCACACUGUGAUGAACGUUUCAGUCAGAAAUCUAAUCUGAUAACUCAUGAGAGAACUCACACUGGAGAGAAACCUUAUCAGUGCAGUGUUUGUAAGAAGUGUUUUAAUCACCAGCGCAGUUGUAUAAAACAUCAGAGAACUCAAGACCUUAUAAAUGUUUUCAGUUUGCGCGAUCAGAUGUCCUGAGAACCAAUGAGAGAGUUCACACAGAAACCUUAUCACUGCUCCAUCUGUGAUGAGAGAGGCUCUCACUAAAUCCUUCGUGUUUCAAGUCUUACGAAACCUUUUCCCUAACCGAACUCUAACCAUCUAAACUACCUAUGAUUGAUAAACUUGCCAAAAAACACGGUUGCGUGAUGACGUCAGACUCGAAACACCAAGGAUUUAGUGAGAGCUGAUGAGAGGUUCACUUAUUUAAGUUUUCAGACUCAUCAGAAGGAACAUGCUGAAGAAUAAACUGCACUGGAAUCAUCACUGUUUCUAACAGAUUGAGACACUAUGAUGGAGUCAAUAUCCCUUUAAAAGGGACAGAUCACCCAAAAACAGAAAUUCAGUCCUCAUUUAUUCCCCCUCAUGUGGUUGUAAACAUGUUUGUAACUUCAGUGGAAUACAAAAGAAGAUAUUUUGAGAAAUGUCUCAGUGGUUUUGUGUUCAUUAGGGGUGCGCAUCAUCACGAUUCGAUUACGAUUAUUAUGUCUUCGUAAGUCUGUCUCCCUCAUGCCUUAAAACUCAAGAUAUUUUAUUUGUCGCAUACACUUUGUGAACAUUUACAACUUGCAGUGAAAUGUUAAUCUGGUAUACUCCAAAGACUGCAACAUGGAGGAGAAUAUUACGGAAGUUCUAAGAGGCCAUGUAUGGCGCGAUUUUAGUCUCAUUAAUUAUUCAAGCAUAAAACAUGAUGUACACUUGCACAAAUUAUAUGUGUACAUUCACAAAAAAACAUUCACUUGUGUAAAAUAAAAUAAUAUUCUCAUAAAAUAUGUUUCACAAACGCUUAAUACAAUUCACAGACGUAUAACUAGGCACAAAUAUUUCGAAAGUUUAAAAUGUACAAGUUUAUCAUUGAAUGUGAAUGUGCAAAUCGUCACUCGUGUGAAUCGACCUGGAUUUGUGUGUGUGUUUUUGAGACUCUCUUUGCAGUGCUGUCCCUCCCACUUGAGUUGUCAUCCUGUUUAGCCAAUCAGAUUCAACCUUACCAUUCAACCAAUCAUAAUCGUGGAGAGCACAGAACUCAAUGAGCACUAGUGUUAGCACUAAAGGCUCGUUUGUACAACUUCGCUAAUCUACUCUCUGAGCUGUGAUGCUGUAUUAAAACAUAAUACAGCCACGCAAUAAAUCUGUUUUAUUAACUUAAUUUGUAGAAAAAAAGUAUGAAAUAGUGAGUGAACAUGACAAACUACACAACCAGCAGUCACUUCCACUGAAUCCGUCUGGGUAACAAACUGUGCCUGUUUGAGAUGUGUUCAUGUUUGUAUGUCCAUACAAUGUAUGUUUUAAAUGAACAAGGGUAAACAAGGACAAUAAAUGACUAGUUCUUGGAAACAUUGUUUUGUAUGGGCGCAUAGAUUUGUAGCUAGCCGCGUUUUGGAAAAUAUCCGCUUAAGGGGGCUGAAAAAUCACUAAAUUGGCAACACAGGAAGUAAGUCAAACUGCGCAAAAGGUGCGCAGAGCCGUUUUCCUUGAGUCCUGUGCUCUCCGCGUUUAUGAUUGGUUGAAUGGUAAGGUUGAAUCU